CUACGCUCUUGACCCAGAUGCAGAUUCGGCUGCUAAGUAUGCAAGGAAAAGUGGUACAGCACUGGGGGAAUAUGUCAAAUUUCUGGAAAAUGCAGUAAAGGCAGAUCGUCGCAAUAUGCAAUUGGCAGGACAUAGCAUGGGUGGCCAAGUUGUAAGUUUUGCCGGAAAGGAACUAACAAAUCCUAAGAUUUCUACAAUAUUUGGAUUGGAUACAGCUGAGGGUAACUUCAACUGCAGUGACCCCACAGAUUGCCUCAACCCUACAGAUGCAGACUUAGUAGUAGAAAUCCACACAAUGGUGUCCAGGACAGAUAAGGGCCACAUAGACUUCUGGCCACUUCAUCCAAAUGUGAACCCAUUCAACUUCAUAGGUGAGCACCUAAAGGGAGCCGACUACUGGGUGGAGUCCAUUGCAUCUGACUGCACCUUUGAGGCAUACUCUUGCCCUGAUGAAGACUCAUUCAUGAACGGUAAAUGUUCUACAACAUGUACGAAGGACAACUGCAAUCAUAUGGGACUGAAAGC